AUGGCAGGAGAUCCUAUGAGACGUAAUCAAAACAUUUACUGCCAAUAUCAUCAGAAUCAUGGACACAUUACCGAGGAUUGCAGAAACUUGUGGGACCAUCUAGACCAACUGGUCCGGGAAGGGAAAUUAAUGCAACUCUUUUAUCAUUCCAAUGGUCGUGGAAGCCAAAUGGGUUCAAAGUCUCGAGGAGAUGCUUCUUCAAGACUCCCUCUUGGCACAAUAAAUGUCAUAUUUGUUGCCUUAGGGAGAACUGGAUCUUGUUUUUCCAGAGUAAUGUCAGUAUCCCAUUACCCAGCUGAGGAAUCCAGUUCAAUGACGAAGAGAGUCAAGAUGGGCAUCCCACUAGUGUUAGGUUUUUCAGAUGAGGACAAACUUGGAACCAUACAACGUUAUGAUGAUGCUUUGGUGGUUACACUUAGAAUUGGUGGGUAUGAUGUUAAAAGGGUGAUGAUUGACCAAAGCAGCGGAGUUGAGAUAAUGUAUCCUGACCUAUAUAAGGGGCUAAAUUUGAAACCUGAGAACUUAACAGCCUACAGUUCUCCUCUGGUUAGUUUUGAAGGUAAAAUGGUCGUUCCGAAAGGUCAGAUCAGAUUAUCUGUGCAGACUGGCCCGGAUAUGGUGGAGGUAGACUUCAUUGUUGUAGAUGCUUUCUCUCCAUAUACAACCAUUAUGGGCAGACCCUGA